AUGAACCACCACUCCUCUGACCUCGUCCACGAUGUGAUCAUCGUUGGCGCAGGGAUUUCCGGCAUCAACGUCGCCUAUCAUCUCCAGCGCAAGCUCCCCGAGUUCACUUACUCAAUCUUGGAGGCGCGUGAGAAUAUUGGGGGCACAUGGGACUUGUUUCGAUAUCCUGGCAUUCGAUCGGAUACUGACCUCCACACAUUUGGCUUCGGCUGGAACCCUUGGAACGAAAACCGUGCGAUUGCCGAUGGGGGGUCCAUUGCGAAUUAUUUACGCGCAUCGGCUGAAAAAGAGGGCAUCGAUCGACGGAUUUUAUUUCGACAUCGCGUCGUCACGACCAAUUGGUCCACGGCCAAACAGCAAUGGGACUUGGACGUGGAGGUCAAGGGCGGCAAGCGGAUCGUGCUUCAUGCUCGAUUUCUCGUUCUAGGAACCGGAUACUAUGACUACACCGAAGCGCUCCAGCCCGAGAUUCCAGGGCUGCCCAACAACUUCACAGGCACGGUGGCACACCCACAGUUCUGGCCCGAGGAUCUCGACUAUGCGGAUAAGCGAGUCUUAAUCAUCGGCAGCGGUGCCACGGCCAUCACCCUUCUUCCCAAUAUGGCGGCCAAGGCAGCGCACGUCACGAUGUUGCAGCGCAGCCCUACGUAUAUUAUGUCCCUCAACAAUACGACCGGCGUCUCGUGGAGACACAAGCUGCUGCCACGCAGCUGGUCGUUUCAAAUUGACCGCUGGAUUUUUAUGUGGAUGAUUUUUUUUAUCUACCACUGUUGCCGACUCUUCCCGGAACGAUCUCGAAAGUCCCUGCAACGAGCGGUUGAGAAACAGCUUCCCGACCACAUCCCUGUUGAUCCGCACUUCACACCACAGUAUAAGCCCUGGGACCAGCGGCUAUGCUUUGCACCCAAUGGCGACUUCUUCGAGAGCCUGCGCUCCGGCAAGGCGAACGUGGAAACUGGUCGGAUCAAGACCAUCACGGGAAACACAGUCCACCUCGAGUCGGGCCGACAGCUGGAGGCAGAUAUCAUUGUGCCGGCCACGGGAUUAAAACUAGCCCUUGGUGGACGCAUCCAAAUCCACAUUGACCAGGAGCCUGUCGAUCUGGCAGAUCGCUAUGCCUGGCACUCAGCACUCUUGCAGGACGUGCCUAACCUCGCCUUCAUGAUGGGAUACAUCAACGCAUCAUGGACACUAGGUGCCGAGACCACCAGCCAGAUCUUGUGCCGAAUCUGGCAACAUAUGAAGAAGAAUGGCUACAACACUGUGAUCCCCCGCGUACCGACCGGGUCUGCCAUUGAGCCGCGGAUGAUCUGGAAUCUGGACGCGACUUAUGUCAAAAAGGCGACACGCAGUAUGCCUCGAUGUGGCACCUUUGGGCCAUGGAAAGGCCGGACCAGCUAUGUCGUAGAUCUUUGCAAGGCGAAAUACGGGAGUGUCACUACGGACCUGGAGUUCAUCCCAGCAAUCUGA